GUUGGGGGGGACUGGGAUGGGACAUUAGGCAUGUGUUUGACAGUGUGUGAUGAGAUAUGUCCGUGAGUGGUGGGGAUGAAGCCUGCUUGUUGUAGGUUCUAGAUAGUGGGUCAGCAGGGGACAGAACCGUGACCACAAGGAUAGACAAUUCUUUUGGGGAGUGGGGUAAACCCGUCAGAGAGGAUGGGGACAGGGCAGGGUUUUAAAGAUGAAAAAGUUUAUGUUGAUGGAAUAGUUCAGUUUUGGGGGGAGGGCUGAUGCAGGAGACAGUGUGUCGUGGAGUAAGGAGGGGGAUAGGAUCGCACAGGUGCAGGCUUGCUUAGGUGGGUGUGUGGACGGCUGUCUAUCCAUCGUCACAGGAGCAAAGGCAGAUGAGAUGGGUAUUGGCGUUAAUGGUAGGAGCUCUUGGAAGAAUGCCAAGAAGGUGAUGAAGCUGAAAACCACAUCAGAAGAGAAGUGGUUGGAGGAACUGAGGAGAUAGCAAAUAUUUGGAUGGCUGGCCUGUAAAAGAGGAAGGAGUGUGGGGGAUGGGAGUGUUCUGGAUGCCUCCAACAAUUAAGACUCUGGGCAGAAUGAUUGUGUCUUCCACCUAGAAAUUGCAUCCUUGGGAGGUUAACGUUUCAAGCUGCUCAGAGAUUGUGGAGACUGUGUCACAAGGUAGAAGGUGCCUGUCAUUGGAGCUGUUGAGGGCGGUACAUAGAAGAGGCAGGUGUGGAAUGACUGAUCAGACUAAAGGGAUCCCUCAGAUCCCACCAGCCUUGGCUGACAUGGAUUUUUGUGAUUCCUGGCAGUUGGCAGACCAAACAACCAGGAAACCCCAGACUCGCUGCCACAGUCUGUUGCCAGUGGUUUGUGUGUUUGGGCAACAUUCCAGCUUUCCAGGCAGAUUCUGCCCCUGGGAGCGGAGGUAUUUGAGGUGCCACCCCACAGUUCUGCAGCUGUCUUAUGGGGGUAUUUGUACCCCUUUGGGCUGCCGCAGCUUUGCUGAUCUCUGGGAACCUGUCCAGCAGUGGGCUCUUGGUUGUUAGGUGCCGCCGCCAGGCAGGCCACUUCUUGAGUCUACACACAUGCAGGUGGCUGGGUAGCUCUUUCAUCAGCAAAACCUCUUUGAGCACCUACUAUGCCUGGAAUGGGAUCAUAGUGCUGAGCAAAGUGGAUUGGAGCCGCCCUUGUGGAGAAAAAUAGUAUUUGACUGUGCUUUCCCACAGCCUCAUGGAGCCUUUCUCCCUAGCCAGAGGCCCUCACCUGGAUGGCCUGGAUCAUAACAAUGCUCUCUGAUGUGUAGGAGGGAAGGCCUUGGUCCUUUGGUCUCUGCAACUCUGUACUCUUGGUGGUGGGCAGCUGGGGUUUGCCUCCUGCCCUGCCCCGAGUCCAGUGGAGGCAGUGAGUGGAGGAACAUGGGGUGAUUCAGCAGUGCUUCAUAGUCGCCUCCCAAGGGGUGUCUUGUAGCUGGGAGUGCUCAGCCUUUUAUGGCCACUUGUAGAAUUACUGUGACACCAGACACCCGCUUACCUCCACUCAUGAGAGGAGCUGACACAGUGAUAGGUGUGAGAAGAAGAAUCUUGUACUGCAUGUCCUUACUAAAUUCACUCAGGCUCUUUUCCUGAUGGAUGUGCUCUUAUUUCUGAAGCUUUAUUCUCAAGAUGGUUCUUCCUUCAUAAUGGCUCAGGCCUUGGGUUCUGGAUACACAACAUGGCUGUGCUGCUUUCCUGCUGUGUGACUUUUAAAAAACUUCUUUAAGCAGAGAUUUCCUGUCUGCAGUUGCAGGUAACAGAUUGUGGUGAGGUUGGAGGUAAAGUAUGGAUCUGACCUCCAGUAACUGUUUAGAAAACACCUUUCUUGUUGUAACAUCAAUGUCUGGCAGCAACUUGCUGACACAGGUCUUAUUCCUUUAGCCCCUCCUGCCCGAAGCUGUCACCACACCUUCUAGGAGAGACGGAAUAGAGAGAGUGGAACAAAGGAAGUUUCACCAUCUUUCUUUCUUUCAAAAGACAGAACUAUUUGAGUUUUCUCAUUCUCUUCUACAAGUAGCAUUUAUUUAGCUGACGGUAACCUUUGUUGAUGGGAUUAUAAACUAGUAGAUAAUAAUACUGCUACUGCCCUUUACUGGGUCUUGUAAUGUUCUCAGUGCUCACUGCUGAACAUUUUGCAUUCAUUACCUCAGUUCCUGCAGAACCUGUGAUUUGUUGGGCAUUACCUUCAUUUUGCAGAUAAGGAUACUUCCUGAGACACAGGGGCUUGGCACUGUUCUUUUCAACUCCUUGUUUUUCCAGGUUAUUUGGGGCAGGCAUUGGCAUUUGCAUUGGUGUCAGCCAUUGUGUUUUCUGGUGUUUGGUUCUGACUUGAACUUUUUUGUGUUUAUUUGGGGUGAUAGUCACAAGGCAGAGGUCAAUUCAUUUCUGACUCAUUUCACUUGUCAAUUGUGUCGGUGUUUUUCCUGAACAAAUAGGUACUAGCAAAGAAAGCAAAAUAAAAUGUUUUGAGAAGCUACAACAUAAGGGGUUCGUGUCUUUCAGAAUUGGAGACUUGAGGAGUUCCCUGAUGGCCUAAUGGUUAAGAACUCAGCAUUGUCACUGCUGUGGUGUAGGUUUGAUCCCUGGCCCCAGAGCUUCUGCUUACUAUUAACGUGACCGUGCCAGGUGGAUCAGCAGCCCUCCCGGUGCCCUGCUUGUUGGGGGUGCCGAGAGCGGGGAGACAUGGAGGAGAGUAAGAAUGAGGCAACAAACCGUGCUCAUGUCCUCUUUGACCGGUUUGUGCAGGCCACCACCUGUAAGGGGACCCUCAAGGCCUUCCAGGAGCUCUGUGACCACCUGGAGCUGAAGCCUAAGGACCACCGCUCCUUCUACCACAAGCUCAAGUCCAAACUUAACUAUUGGAGAGCCAAGGCCCUCUGGGCAAAGCUGGACAAGCGGGGCAGCCACAAAGACUACAAGAAGGGGAAAGCGUGCACCAACACCAAGUGUCUCAUCAUUGGAGCUGGCCCCUGUGGUCUCCGCACAGCCAUCGAUUUAUCUUUACUGGGAGCUAAGGUGGUUGUUAUUGAGAAACGAGAUGCCUUCUCACGCAACAAUGUCUUGCAUCUCUGGCCAUUCACCAUACACGAUCUACGAGGUUUGGGUGCCAAGAAGUUCUAUGGCAAGUUCUGUGCUGGAGCCAUCGACCACAUCAGUAUCCGUCAGCUUCAACUGAUACUGUUGAAAGUAGCCUUGAUCCUAGGCAUUGAAAUCCAUGUCAACGUGGAAUUCCAAGGACUUGUGCAGCCUCCUGAGGACCAAGAAAAUGAACGGAUAGGUUGGCGGGCACUGGUGCACCCCAAAACCCACCCUGUAUCAGAAUAUGAAUUUGAGGUGAUCAUUGGAGGAGACGGCCGCAGGAACACCUUGGAAGGAUUUCGUCGGAAAGAGUUUCGGGGCAAGCUGGCCAUUGCCAUUACAGCAAAUUUUAUUAACCGAAAUACAACUGCAGAAGCCAAAGUGGAAGAGAUCAGUGGUGUGGCUUUUAUAUUCAACCAAAAAUUUUUCCAGGAACUGAGGGAGGCCACAGGGAUUGAUUUGGAGAACAUUGUCUACUACAAAGAUGAUACUCACUAUUUUGUUAUGACAGCCAAGAAGCAGAGUUUACUGGACAAAGGGGUGAUACUGCAUGACUAUGCCGACACGGAGCUCCUGCUAUCCCGGGAGAAUGUAGACCAAGAGGCGCUGCUCAACUACGCCAGGGAGGCGGCGGACUUCUCCACCCAGCAGCAGCUGCCAUCCCUGGACUUUGCCAUCAACCACUAUGGGCAGCCUGACGUGGCCAUGUUCGACUUCACGUGCAUGUACGCCUCGGAGAACGCCGCUCUGGUGCGGGAGCACAACGGACACCAGCUCUUAGUGGCUCUGGUUGGGGAUAGCCUCCUGGAGCCUUUUUGGCCAAUGGGAACAGGAAUAGCCCGGGGCUUUCUAGCUGCUAUGGACUCAGCCUGGAUGGUGCGGAGUUGGUCUCUGGGAACGAGCCCCUUGGAGGUCCUGGCAGAAAGGGAAAGCAUCUAUAGGUUGCUGCCUCAGACCACCCCGGAGAAUGUGAGCAAGAACUUUAGCCAGUACAGCAUAGACCCUGUCACAAGAUACCCCAACGUCAACGUCAACUUCCUCCGGCCAAGCCAGGUACGCCAUUUGUAUGAUACUGGAGAAUCAAAAGAUAUUCAUCUGGAGAUGGAGAAUCUAGUGAAUUCCCGGACAACUCCGAAGCUAGCUCGCAAUGAGUCUGUGGCUCGUUCAAGCAAACUGCUAGGUUGGUGCCAAAGGCAGACAGAUGGCUAUGCCGGGGUGAACGUGACAGACCUCACCAUGUCCUGGAAAAGCGGCCUGGCCCUGUGUGCUAUUAUCCACAGAUACCGCCCUGAUCUGAUAGAUUUUGAUUCUUUGGAUGAGCAAAAUGUGGAGAAGAAUAACCAGCUGGCCUUUGAUAUUGCUGAGAAGGAACUGGGCAUUUCUCCCAUCAUGACAGGCAAAGAGAUGGCCUCGGUGGGGGAGCCGGACAAGCUGUCCAUGGUGAUGUACCUGACCCAGUUCUACGAGAUGUUCAGGGACUCGCUCCCCUCCCGAGACGCCUUGGAGCUGAAUGCUGAGGAGAGAGCCAUCCUGAUUGCCAGCACUAAAUCCCCCAUCUCCUUCCUGAGCAAGCUUGGGCAAACCAUUUCUAGGAAGCGUUCUCCCAAGGACAAAAAGGAAAAGGACUUGGAUGGUGCCGGGAAGAGGAGAAAGACCAGCCAGUCAGAAGAGGAGGACGCGCCCCGGGGCUACCGAGGAGGAAGGCCCACACUGGUGAGCACGCUGACCGACCGGAGGAUGGACGUGGCCCUUGGCAACCAGAACAAAGUGAAGUACAUGGCAACCCAGCUGCUGGCCAAGUUUGAGGAGAACGCGCCCCCACAGUCCACGGGCGUGAGGAGACAGCCUACACAAGAGCGUGGGCUCAGCCAGCCGUCCUGCUGUCUACCUGAGCAGGGUCGCCCUGCUCCCACCCCCCGGUGGAAACAGCGACAGGAAAAGGAACGUUCUCGGACCUGCCCCAAAAAAGUGAUCACACUCUCUCCUCCCCCUGUUCCACCUCCCUGUCCGGCACAUGGCGGCCAGCAGACGUGCAGGGAUCUUGAUGCUGACAGCCGUGGCAAGCAGAGUCCCCACCACGAGAGGCCAGAGCCCGAGCCUUCUCGUCGAUUUUUUGUCGACCAGUGGGAGCUUUCUCUAAGCCUCCGCUCCUCCGGCCGCCCCGCCUCUCCCUCCUCUGACUCCCUCCGACAGAAGUAUAUAAAGAUGUACACGGGCGGAGUGAGCUCAUUGGCUGAGCAGAUAGCCAAUCAGCUUCAAAGGAAAGAACAGCCUAAAACCCUUCUAGACAAGAAGGAACUGGGCUCAAUAAAGAAGGAGUUCCCACAGAACUUGGGAGGCAGCGACACGUGCUAUUUUUGUCAGAAGCGAGUCUAUGUGAUGGAGCGGCUGAGCGCCGAGGGCAAGUUCUUCCAUCGGAGCUGCUUCAAGUGCGAGUACUGUGCCACCACCCUGCGUCUGUCCGCCUACGCCUACGACCUUGAGGAUGGUAAAUUCUACUGUAAACCACACUACUGUUACCGGCUGUCUGGCUCCGCACAGAGGAAGAGACCAGCAGUGGCUCCUUUGUCUGGAAAGGAGACCAGGGGACUUCUGCAGGAUGGCCCCACCGCAGACACCAACGGACGGUCCAGCUCCAGUGCCAGCCCUGCCGAGAGAACUCCAGGUUCCAGUGUGAAUGGCCUAGAGGAGCCCAGCAUCGCCAAGCGGCUACGGGGCACCCCAGAAAGGAUUGAGCUGGAGAACUACCGUCUGUCGGUGAGGCAGGCUGAGGGGCUGGAGGAGGUGCCCGAGGAGACACAGGCUGAGCACAACCUGAGCAGCGUGCUGGACACAGGAACAGAGGAGGACGCGGCCAGCAGCAGCUCUGAGUCUGAGAUGGAGGAGGAGGAGGAAGAGGAGGAGCCCCCACUGCCCGCCUCGGACCUGGGCGGCGUUCCCUGGAAGGAGGCUGUGAGGAUCCAUGCUCUUCUGAAAGGAAAGAGCGAAGAGGAGCUGGAGGCCUCUGGGAGCUUUGAGCCUGGAGACGAGGACGACGAGGACGAGGAGGACGAGGAGGAGGAGGAAGAGGAGGAGGACGAGUCCAGUGAAGUGCCCGACCUUCCCUCUGUUCGCCGUGCAGCAGUGCAGGCCUGGCUGGAGUCGGUCUCCGGAGUCCCGUUUGAUGAGGAGGACCUGGAGGAUGACGAGGACUCAGAGCCAGCAGAGAUAGAAGGGGAGGCAGCGGAGAAUGGGGACACAGGGGACACUGGUGCAGAGCUGGAGGAUGAUCAGCACUGGUCUGACGAUGCCCCAUCGGAGGCUGACACUGUGCGGCAACAGGCUGUGACGGGAGCUGGGCUGGAGCUGAGGGUGUCAGAAGGCAAGGAGGAGCCACCGCCAACCCUGGCAAGGCGCCAAGGGAGAGGUCCCUCCCAAGUCUCCAGCCCCACCCGGUCCCCUGAGAAGCAAGUGGUCCUCUCUUCCCCAGCCCACAGUCCUGAGGCACAGGGCACCAGAGCCCCUCUCCCCUCUGCUGCCACCACUCUGGGGUCACCCACAGAGAGCUCUGUGCCAGAGCCCCCACCCCCCCAUGGGGAGCCCACCACAGGCCCUCCCGUCCGAUCGCAGCCGGAAGCCAGGACGCCGCCCUCACCCACCAGCCCACCGCACCGGACCCCCCUGGUCCCCCUCCCCAUCUGCUCCCAACCUCAGCCGUCCUCAGAGGCCACUGUGCCAUCUCCCACCAUGUCCCCCAUCCGCUUCCAGCCCACACCGGCCAGGACAUCUACCCCCCUGGCGCCCCUCCCCACAAAGAACCAAGGGGAUGCCAAGGACACCCUGGGCAGCCCCCUCGCUGUGGACGAGGCCCUGAAACGCAGCGACCUGGUGGCAGAGUUCUGGAUGAAGAGUGCGGAGAUCCGCCGCAGCCUGGGGCUCAAACCCGUGCAUCGGAGCCCAGGGCCCGAGCCUGGCUUCCAGCCCACGUCCCUGAAGGCCUAUCCAGCUGAGAGGUCCCCUCAGGGUGAAGGGCUCAGGCUCCUAAAGCCUCCCCCCAUCCCCAAGAGGCUGGGCCUGCCCAUUGCAGAGGGGGCUCAGCCCUCCCUGCCCACCCCGGGGUCCCCGCCAGACAGGGAGCUGAAGAGCCCCCGCGAGGAGCACAGAGACCUGUCCAGCAGCUCGGGGCUGGGCCUGCAGGCCAGCUCCUCCCGCACCAGGACGCCUGGCAGCCAGAGCUUCAACACCUCAGACUCCACCAUGCUCACGCCCCCCUCCAGCCCGCCGCCCCCACCCCCCGACGAGGAGCCCGCCACCCUCCCCAGGGAGCCCACGGCCCCUGCACCACCGCCCCCGCCCCCGCCGGCCGCCUGCACACGGUCUCCCCGGGAGGAGGCUCGGAAGUCGUUUGUGGAGAGUGUGGACGAGAUCCCCUUCGCCGACGACGUGGAGGACACGUAUGAUGACCGCACAGAGGACUCGAGCCUGCAGGAGCCGUUCUUCACGCCCCCCUCCCACUGGUCCCGCCUCGAGCAGCCCCCCCGGCCGCCCCUGGCCCAGGAGAAUGGGAGGGGGCCAGUGGCAGAGAGUGGGGUCCAGCCACAGAAGCGGGGGCUGCCACUGGUCUCCGCAGAAGCCAAGGAGCUGGCCACGGAGCGCAUGCGGGCCCGGGAGAAGUCAGUGAGGAGCCAGGCGCUGAGGGACGCCAUGGCCCGGCAGCUGAGCCGGAUGAAGGAGCUGGACACAGCAGCCCCGACCCCCAGGACCCCAGCACCCCGCAGAGCCGCCGCUGCGCCCCCCAAGGGCAGGGGACCUGGGCCCCAGGGCUCCGAGGAACCCACCCUCAGGCACGAGGCCACCAGUGAGGAGGUCCUGUCCCCUCCCUCAGACUCAGGGGGCCCAGAUGGCUCCGUCACCUCAUCCGAGGGCUCUAGCGGGAAGAGCAAGAAGAGAUCGUCCCUCUUCUCCCCCCGAAGAAACAAGAAGGAGAAGAAGCCCAAGGGUGAGGGCCGACCCCCAGAGAGGCCCAGCCCCCUGGAGGGGACAGCUGCCAAGCCCCGGUCCCUGUGGAAGUCUGUCUUCUCUGGGUACAGGAGGGACAGGAGGAAGAAGGGGGAUGGCACGUCCUGUCCCAGCACCCCAUCCAGUGGAGGCACCAUAGACGCCAGCAAGCCCGGGGCAUCUGCUGUUGUGAGAGCAGAGCUGCGGCCCCGGCGCCAGCUGAGCUGCUCGGAAGACUCAGACCUCUCCAGCGACGACGUCCUCGAGCGGGCCUCACAGAAGUCCAGGAGAGAGCCGAGAACUUACACAGAGGAGGAGCUAAACGCCAAGCUGACCCGGCGUGUGCAGAAGGCAGCUCGGAGGCAGGCCAAACAGGAGGAGCUCAAGCGGCUGCACCGGGCCCAGAUCAUCCAGCGGCAGCUGGAGCAGGUGGAGGAGAAGCAGCGGCAGCUGGAGGAGAGAGGGGUCGCGGUGGAGAAGGCGCUGCGAGGGGAAGCAGACUAUUGGGGAGAGUCUUAUUACAGUGACCUCAUCGACUUGCACCUGGGUGUUGAGCCCAGUGGCGGGACUCCACGGCGUAGACCUCUCUCCUUCUGCCCUUGCUGUGUCCAGGAAGGCAUGGGCAAGCAGGAUGACCCCAAGCUGAUGCAGGAGUGGUUCAAGCUGGUGCAGGAGAAGAAUGCCAUGGUGCGCUAUGAGUCAGAGCUGAUGAUCUUUGCCCGGGAGCUGGAGCUAGAGGACCGCCAGAGCCGGCUACAGCAGGAGCUCCGAGAGCGGAUGGCUGUGGAAGAUCACCUGAAGACAGAGGAGGAGCUGUCGGAGGAGAAGCGGAUCCUGAACGAGAUGCUGGAUGUGGUGGAGCAGAGGGAUGCCCUGGUGGCCCUGCUGGAGGAGCAGCGGCUGCGGGAGAAGGAGGAGGACCGGGACCUGGAGGCCGCCAUGCUGUCCAAGGGCUUCAGCCUGAACUGGUCCUGAGCGCCCACCAACCACCUGGACCCAGACCUGGGCAGCCUGUUGCCCCUGGGGCUCGGAUGUCCACGAGUCUGGGCAGCUCAGCCUCCUCAGAGGUCCCGACCUCCCGCUCUAGAGAGAGGAGGGCGGAGUAGGGUAGGGUGUGGGACGGAGGCCUGCCCACAGAGGACAAGGAGGAGGCUGCUCCCUGCUCCCCAAGCACCCCGGGCGGUGAGGCUGGGCUGGAAGUUCCUCCUGCUGGGGUUGGGGGGGCCACACCCCAGGCUUCUCCCUGCUGGGGCCUGGGGCCUGAACCUGCUGCAUUUUGCUUUCAAUUCACAACACUGGAAAAACCCUGACUUUGGGGGACAGCUGAGGCCCUGCAUCCGGCCCCGCUGAUGGGCCAGCGUCAUCAUAGGCCGUCCCUUUGGGCAGGAGGCCCCCAUUCUCUGCUUUGUUCCUGUGUUUGCGCCAAACGCAGCUGACAGCCUGGCGAGACGUGAGGCCGCUUUGGACCCUCUUUGUCAAUUAACUUAUUUUUUUAAUACUUGAAAAGAAGCUACUUCAUUUUUGUAUCUUUACCAGAGACACUGAUGGCCUGGCACCUGGGGUAGCGGUUGUGGAGGUGUGGCCCAACGGACCACAUUUAUCGCCCUAUUUAUUACCCUCCUUCGGGCCAGCUGAGACCCUCGUGUGGGUCCCCACUCAGAAGACCCCUGUCCACCUGGCACCAGACGUCCGUGUCUGUGCCAUUUGCUUGUCAAGGAUACAUUUCAGCGCUGCUGGAAGCCAAGCCACAAGGCACAGGUGCCUGUCGCCCACACUGUUGGAAUCCUGGCGCUUCAGAGCCCAUCUUAUCCUCAGUUUUGGUGCCAAGGUCUCACGUCCCACAACACUUAGAAAGUUUUAGGUGGGCUACACCAGCAUGUGGGGCCUGCAGCUGGAGGCACCGUGACAGCACAGGGUGGCUGCGGUCUUGGUCACACUCACACAACAGCCCUGCACCCCCCCCACAUGCCCCCCAGAGUGAGGCAUGGGGUGAGAAGCACAGUGAAGCCAGCUCUAGCCGUGGUUCCACCACAGGCCUCCGAGUGCAGUUCACAGAGCUGUUGUUGCCAAGCUCGCCCCCCAGCGUGAGCGUACAGUUGGCCCCAGGGGUCCAGUCCUGAGGCCCUUGAGCCAGCUCCUGGUGGAGCCAGGCCAGCGUGGAAGGACGAGAGGCCUCCGCACCAACCUGGGACUGUCCCUGGGGAACCGCAUCGUGCCUCAACCAGAACACAGUCAUUCUUACUGCAGAGGAGCGAAGAACUGGCUCCCUCGCUGUGUACCAGAGCUGCCAUCUCUUGUGGAAUCCAGGGACGCACUGCUUCACCCAUGGCGCCUCUGACCAUCACCUCCUGCUUUCUAAUGAGGCAGAGCCUCUAUUUUUAUUCUCGUUUCUUAAAAGGGGGAGCAUAGGGUGUUCUAGAUUCCAGCUUUAAACCCCAGCCAUCCAGUAAAACUGGGCUUGGGUUAGGAUUCAUCGCCUGUGUGGCCUUUGCCUAAUCUCACCCACCACCCACAGGCCCUGUGACUUCCAGGCCUGCCUCUGGAGCCCCUGCCACCCGGGAUGAGGACAAGUUUACAGUGGCCAGAAGGGACGUGGCCAUAUGAUAGGCUUGCGUGGCCCGAUGUAGCAGGAGCGCCUGGACACCUGCCACUCCAGAAGUGCACUGUGCCUACAGGUGUGAGGAUGGCCGGAAGGCUCCCAAGAAGCCCAGAAAUGCUCCCCAGCUCCUCCAGCAGGGCUUCUACUUCAGGUUCUAAGAGAGCACUUUUUCCUCAAGGUCCCAUUUUAUAACCACUAGUUUGCAGGUUGUCUUAGCGCCCUGCUGAUGGGCUACACGCAGUGUUUCCCAGCUCUGGACUUGCACGCAGCUCCAGUCAAGUCCCCUUGAAGGCAGGGCAGCAGGAAAUCUUUCUGAAAUGCCAGAGUGUGAGUCAGCCCGAGCCCAGACAGGGGCGACCAGAGUCCGCCUCGGCAGAGGGAAGGCAGCAGGGCCCCUGGCCUGAGUCCAAGGUCACCAGCGGGUCCAGCCCUGCUCAGACGGCGUCUCCUGGCCUUUGCCCCCAGGAGCCACCUUCCAGCUGCUCUUGACCAGCAAUGACAGACUAUCUUCAAAAGAGCAGAAUUUUUCAGGAGGGCAGAAAAUGGAGAGAGUUUAAAGAAAAAAUGUAAAGAUGGUAACAACUGACCUACAAAGGGGAAUGGGCCAUUUUAUGCGCAAUAAAAGUUUUUACAAGAA